AUGCAGAUUUUGGUGCUAUCAAAGUACCCACUACCAUGCACCGACUCCGCGAUCCAGGCCCGCAGCUACCCGGCACCAGGCCCUGGGAAAUCGGGUUCAGUCAGUUCCAAUCAACUCAUCAACGCAACUCAACUCAAUAUUAUGAUGAUAUUGAGUUGGUUGAUUAGUAAGAACAAGCUCCGUUGA